GUUCUGCGCUGUUUACGUACUUCCUCUUCAAUCGAGCCCCGAAGAUUCGGCCGGAUCAUGUCCGACUCUGCGGAUUACAACAGUUCCAGAGAUAAAGACCAUGGAGGCCCCGAAGGAAUGGAGCCUGAUGGUGUCAUCGAGAGCAACUGGAAUGAGAUCACAGACAACUUUGAUGACAUGAUCCUGAAGGAGACACUCCUGAGGGGAAUCUAUGCCUAUGGUUUUGAGAAGCCAUCAGCCAUUCAGCAGCGGGCAAUCAUUCCAUGCAUCAAGGGUUAUGAUGUUAUUGCUCAGGCCCAGUCAGGCACAGGGAAGACGGCCACUUUUGCCAUUUCCAUCCUACAGCAGCUGGAGAUUGAGCAGAAAGAGACUCAGGCUCUGGUACUGGCUCCAACCAGGGAGUUGGCCCAGCAGAUCCAGAAAGUCAUUUUGGCUCUGGGUGACUACAUGGGGGCCACUUGUCAUGCCUGCAUUGGUGGUACAAACGUGCGCAAUGAGAUGCAGAAACUCCAAGCGGAGGCGUAUCACAUAGUGGUGGGGACCCCAGGCCGUGUCUUUGACAUGCUGAACCGACGAUACCUUUCUCCUAAGUGGAUCAAGAUGUUUGUCUUGGAUGAAGCUGAUGAAAUGCUGAGUCGAGGAUUCAAGGAUCAGAUCUAUGAAAUCUUUCAAAAGUUGAGCACAAACAUCCAAGUUGUGCUGCUCUCAGCCACCAUGCCAUCUGACGUGCUGGAGGUGACCAAGAAGUUCAUGCGCGAUCCAAUCCGCAUCCUGGUGAAGAAGGAGGAACUUACCCUCGAGGGUAUAAAGCAGUUCUACAUCAAUGUGGAGCGCGAGGAGUGGAAAUUGGACACCCUCUGUGAUCUGUACGAGACUCUGACAAUCACCCAGGCUGUGAUCUUCUUGAACACAAGGAGAAAGGUGGACUGGCUGACUGAGAAGAUGCAUGCCAGGGACUUCACCGUCUCUGCGUUGCACGGAGACAUGGAUCAGAAGGAGCGUGAUGUGAUCAUGCGGGAAUUCCGCUCAGGAUCCAGCAGGGUCCUGAUCACUACCGAUUUGCUGGCUCGUGGAAUUGACGUACAGCAAGUCUCUCUAGUCAUCAAUUAUGACCUUCCCACAAACCGAGAAAACUACAUCCAUAGAAUUGGACGUGGUGGCCGUUUCGGCAGAAAAGGAGUUGCCAUUAACUUUGUUACAGAGGAGGACAAGAGGAUUCUUCGGGACAUUGAGACAUUUUACAAUACUACUGUUGAGGAGAUGCCUAUGAAUGUGGCUGAUCUGAUUUAAACUCCUGGGCUGGUAUCUUUUAUGCAGUGCUCUCUGUAGCUCAAAUAAAACAGGUGCAUUGUGCUUAUUUUAUCAGAACGUGGUGAAUCGUAUCUCAAUGCUGAACCUGGAUAAGUGACAUUUUUCAAAGUGACGUGGCCGUGGCUGCGAGCUCUCUUUAGGAGACCUCAGUAGGUGCGAUCCUAGUCACCAUUAUACUACUGGGGGGGAUACCAGUAGAGAUGGGGUCUUACAGAAUAUUCUUUCGUAGGUAUAUUUUUCCUAGACCGAUAAAGGUGUGUGUAAUAAAUGUUCUCUAUCAUUUGAUAAUUUACUUGUGGACUAAAAGGUAUAAGUGCUGUAUUAAGUCUGCCAACUAUGUUCAACUAACAUACCUGCAGUUAUUGUAGUGCUUGGGUCAGAAGCUAUGGCCUUCCAAAUUCCUUUAAGUGCUUUCCUGAUAACUUUGUGCAAUGUAUUUAACUUUUUUUUAAACAAGUGACCCAGAACCUCUUAACUAUGGGCCAUAUAGUAUAUAGUAAAACCCACCUGAUCUUGGAUUGUACAUGACCCCAUUCGAAAUAAAGUGGAAAUAUGGUUA